UGGGACUAGUGCGUUAAAAAAAGCCAAAACAUUGGUUGUGAAAUUAGUCAGUUUGUGGUAGUCGUACCAAUUUGUUUUCUCUAGAGAGCAUCAAAACUUAAAUAUUCUCCAUGUCGAACUGGAUGGCAGUUUUCAGUUUACUAAGCCGAGUACCGCUUCUAGUCCUGCGUGCGUUAAGUUCAGUAAGUAAUUUAAUUCGGUCGAAGAUAACUGACUUUGCAGUAUUUGCAAUAACUUCGUUUAGUGAAUUACAAGAAAUAAUUGAAAUGACGGAGAAAAUGGAUAAUAAAAGUAAAGUGGAAGAUGAAGAUUAUGAGAAAGAUGGUGAUUUUGUCACGCCGAUCAAUAAUUUGAGUUUGAAUUGCAGUGGUCACGAAUUAUUCGAGAAUGCUCUUUCGUCUUCUUUUAUCAAAGCCGAAGAGUUAAUGGAAGAAUACGGAAGUUACCAUCAAUAUCCACGAACGGAUGACGACUUGAAAAAUGAUUUACACUCAAGCUCAACAAACUCGUUGAAUAGUUUAGACAAUGGCAACGCAGUUCUACCUUUCGAGCACAUUUGGAUUGCCCAGCUUUGUACCUGGCUACACGCUCGAGGACUUCAGCAUUACGGUGCGACCUUUCCUAAUUUAUUCACCAACAAAGUAUUUACUUUUUCUAAGCGUAAAUUCAUUGAAGGAUGCGGACCCAUCGAUGGACCUCAUAUUUAUGACACUAUUCAAUUGCUGCACUGGCUUCAUAAAAAUUGCUUUGGGCAUCUCUGGCAUCAGCUGGCAGGUUUUUCUAUCAAGGAUUUGACGUAUCUCUCGAAAAAUGAUUUGGCAUCAAUUUGUGGCCGCGAAGAUGCUAUACGUUUGAUUCACGCAUUAAAAAUUAAAUUAACAAUAUAUUGUGCCUUAGAUUUUAACGAAUGCGAAUCUCAUCUGUGGAAAAUUAUUUGUUUAAGAAUGAUGACUGUUGACGAAUUAUUGAAAGAGAUUUCGCGAAAAUUCCAUAUUCCAUAUAAUCAUAUUAAGAGAAUUAAAAUUGUAGAAUCAUUAGGUAUUCAUAUUUUACUUGAUGACGAUCUUUUAAGCAGUAUCAAAGAUGGUACGGAAUAUUUAAUUCAAAUCACUUCUCCAGCAAAGACUGGCUUUCAAGAACUUUUACUGAGACCUUUCUGUGGAUAAUUUUUUUUUAGUUAUUGAUUUUUAACUAUUUAACAUUUUACAUUGUUAUGUGCUUUGGGUACGUGUUCUUUCAAAGUUAAUUCCUGAUGUAAACUUCUUAAUAAUGCGUGACAAUACAUUUUUUUAAUUUAUUAA